AGGAAUCUUUAAAAUCAUUAGCUGAUCAUACAAAAGAGCUAGAUUCAGAUCCUAUCCGGGUACAGGUUGUUACACUUUAUCACUCUACACUUGCCAUCCAAUUGCUUAGUAGCCAGUUAUCUUUUUUCGGUACCUUUGAAGGAUCGGAUACACCCGACGCUGUAUCACUUGAUUCCACCAUGUCAGCUUCGAGUCACUCUACUGACUUGCAAGAUGAAAUCGUGUUACCAAAAGAGGAUAUCGCCGUUAUUAAAAAUUGUAUAGAGGCUGCGCAGGAUAUUCUCACGACUGUCAUGAAAAUCCUUGGCCUCGGUAGCCGGUCAGAUCAUAAGUUUCUCCCUAAUAACACCAUCUAUUCACUCUGCUUGGUGGCUAGUUUUAUUUUGACUAUCCGAGAAAAAAAAUCAAUUUCAGAGGCAAUGCCAGAUCAGCAAAAGCAAUCCCUUUCAUCCAUUUGUACGGAGCUUCAAAAAGUGCUUGCCAUCAUACCUUAUUCCGAUGCAAGUCAAGUUAUUCACAGUAAAUUAAACGAGUCGACUUGGAUCCAUCAGCGCGUUCCUUCACCUGAUAGUAUCUUGAUGAAUGAAAUGACACCAGCACAUUUAUCAGAAGAAGUUGAUUCUCAUUUCACUAUGCGUGCACUUGAUCAAAUGGUGACUGUACCGAUGCCAACAAGUCGAGCACUCUCUCAUAUUGACAGAGAACACCUUGAAAAACUCUCUCGCAAGAGUUCAAAAACACCACUUUCAUCAGGUUUUCCACUCUCUAAAUAUAACAAUACAUCAUGUCAACAAAAAAGGUCUCGAGAUUGCUCCCAACCUAACGAUAAUUAUGCUCCUCCAGCUAAAAAAAGACAAAUGAUGAGCACAAUUCAGCAACAGCAGCAAUUAUUACUACAGCAGAGGCAACAGCAACAGCAAUUACAGCAAUUGCAACAACAGCAUCAAUUGCAGCAGCUGCAGUUGCAGCAACAGAUGACGACACCGACACCAACAACAAGGCGUCAUCGAUCUUCUACCACCACCACUACCACUAGUGAAGGAGGAGGAGCUGUGAUGCAAAAGGGAAUGGAUGAAGAACAUUCCAGAAACGGAAAUAUGAACCUUCUAGAUGGACUACCUCCAGAGUCAACAGACCCCUUUACAUAUAAUAUGUGGGUUCUUGGGAACUCUGUUUUUUAUCAAGCAACCGAGCAGCAGCAAACAUUACGUGAUGGUCGACCAACUGAUGUCUUUUCGCCACUACCUUCUAUGGCAGAAAACAGUACCGUGACCAACGGUACGAAGUUGCAAUUACCCCAACCUUCAAAACAGCAAUCGAUGCAGCAUAAAAUUUGGCCAUCAGCUCAACGCUCGUGGUCAAACCUUUUUAUCGAAUCUGAAUUACAAACACUUCAUUCUCAAACACCACCCAUGGUCAAUUUAGAAUCUUCCUACGUCAACUCUAUCGAUUUGGGUGGCGUUAUGUCUGACACUGCAAAUGUGGGCACAUCCAUCGACCCCACCUCGUUCUUGGUCGCCAAUAACCAAGAAACACAAUCUGAACAGAAUAUCAUCAUGUAUUCUGAUAAUGUAGCCCCACGCACGGCGGGUAGUUUUAGUAGCCAACAAAGCAACCAAAGCAGCGAGAGUACGAGUCAAAGUAAUGGUAUGGUUCUUCCUGUCAGCUCGUGGGUCUCUUCGCCUAUGGAACAAUUGAAGCAAACGCGUGCGAGCACACCUGAUGCCAUUUGGGCUGCCAAUGUUUCUUUUUCGUCCCAGCAAAAUUCUGACUAUACAUCAAUGCAGGUCACACGGUUAGAUAGGGCAAAUAUGUUUGAUGGUCAAAGCAAUAGUUGGAUUCAUUCCGAAAAACUGAGCGAUGAUAUCAACUGGGAUUAAGCGUUUUUCUUUUUCUUUUUCUU